UACAAUUGGCAAAUAGUACAGUUCCCAGGUUUAAUUUCUUUCAAAGAUUGUAUUGUCAGCUUUUCUCAGUGAUGGAGUCCCAUUCCCAGUCCCACAUUGUUCUAUUUGGUUCCCUCUUGGUGUUUCUUAUGGGAUUUACUAGCUCCUCCCAAGCUUAUACUUUCAACGUUGGUGGCAAUGAUGGUUGGGUUUUGCAACCUUGUGAUGGCUUAAACCGUUGGGCCGGAGAAAAUCGCUUCCAAGUCAAUGAUACAAUUAUUUUCAAGUACAAGAAAGGAGAAGAUUCUGUUCUUGUAGUUCACAAAAGGGACUACUAUCACUGCAACAAGACAAGCCCUAUCCACAACCUAACCGAUGGGCAUUCAAGGAUCACGUUUACCAGGCCGGGUGAAUUCUUCUUCAUAAGUGGUCAAGCUGAUAACUGCGACAAGGGCGAGAAGAUGGUCAUUGUUGUGCUGUCUCCCAGGCCGCCGCCGAGCUCCUCUUCUCCGGCGCCGGCGCCGGUGCUGCUGCCGCCGGCCCCCAACAAGUCUGCUGCUCCGACAUCGCUGGUUACUGGCUCGGUUGGGAUGUUAUGGGGAUUUGCCUUAGUGGUGAUUGGCUUGGUUUAAGGGUUUUUUGGGUUGGAUAUGAAUUAAAGGGUUGUAGAAUGUUGGAAUUUGGAAAUGUAUUAAUUUUAUGCGUUAAUUUUGAAUCGAAU